ACCAGAUCUGGUUCCUCAUCCCUGAAUCAUCCUCUUCAAAAUUAUAAGAUAUGGAAGAUGAAGAUAAGACAGUUGAAUGUCAGUGUUCAAAGACACCCAUGGGGACCACUCACCCAGCUUCUCUGCAUCAUGAACAACAGGAAGAGCGAGUCGUGAACCUCAAGGGUGCAGAUGGAAAUGAGCCGACAGAAGACAGUAACCUGUUGAACAGCGGUGAAAAAAAGCCUCAGGACUCACCAACGGAACCCAGAAGCCAGCAGAGACUGAGGCAAUUCCUAGCCUGCCCUCCACGCGGCUGGCUGGCAAGAGUGGUAACUAAUGGUACCAUGGUUGUCCUUCUCUGGGCUGUGGUUUGGUCAGUUACCGGCCCCGAAUGUCUUCCUGGAGGAAAUCUGUUUGGAAUUAUAAUCCUCUUCUAUUGUUCCAUCACUGGAGGUAAACUUUUUGGACUCAUUAAGUUUCCAACAUUGCCUCCUCUGCCUCCUCUUCUUGGCAUGCUGCUAGCUGGGUUUCUCUUGAGGAAUGUCCCGGUCAUCAGUGAUAAUGUCCGGAUCCAGCACAAGUGGUCAUCAUCUUUGAGAAGCAUAGCCCUUUCUGUCAUUCUGGUUCGUGCUGGCCUCGGUCUGGAUUCAAAGGCCCUGAAGAAGCUGAAGGGUGUGUGUGUACGCCUGGCCAUGGGUCCCUGCAUCGUGGAGGCGUGUGCUUCUGCGCUUCUCUCGCACUUCCUGAUGGGGUUGCCAUGGCAAUGGGGGUUCAUCCUGGGUUUUGUCGUAGGUGCUGUGUCUCCAGCUGUCGUGGUGCCUUCCAUGCUCCUUUUGCAGGAAGGAGGCUACGGUGUUGAAAAAGGUAUCCCAACUUUACUCAUGGCUGCUGGCAGCUUCGAUGACAUCCUGGCCAUCACUGGCUUCAACACAUGCUUGGGUGUGGCCUUUUCCACAGGGUCUACAGUUUUUAACAUCUUCAGAGGCAUCUUGGAGGUGGUAAUCGGUGUGGCAGCUGGAUCUUUGCUUGGGUUUUUUAUCCAGUACUUUCCAAGCAGGGACCAGGACAACCUGGUGUGGAAGCGAGCCUUUCUGGUUCUGGGUUUUGCUGUGCUAGCUGUGUUCAGCAGUGUGUAUUUUAGCUUCCCAGGCUCAGGAGGACUGUGCACGUUGGUCAUGGCUUUCCUAGCAGGUGUGAGAUGGACUGACAAGAAGGCAGAGGUAGAAAAGAUAAUUGCAGUUACCUGGGACAUUUUCCAGCCUCUUCUUUUUGGCCUGAUUGGAGCGGAGGUAUCCAUUGUGUCUCUCAGAGCAGAAACAGUUGGCCUUUGUGUUGCAACCCUUGGCAUUGCUGUGUUGAUACGAAUUCUGACUACAUUCCUGAUGGUGUGUUUUGCUGGUUUUAACAUAAAGGAAAAGAUAUUUAUUUCUUUUGCCUGGCUUCCAAAGGCCACAGUCCAGGCUGCCAUUGGCUCUGUGGCUCUGGACACGGCAAGAUCUCAUGGAGAGAAACAGCUAGAAAGCUACGGGAUGGAUGUGCUGACAGUGGCAUUUUUGGCCAUCCUCAUUACAGCACCAAUUGGAAGCCUACUGAUUGGUUUACUGGGUCCCAGGGUUCUUCAGAAAUCUAACCGUCAAAACGAAGAGGAGGUUCAAGGAGAGACUUCUACUGACGUUCGGCGGAAGCCUGGGGAUUCCAUCACUGAAGCCUGAUGGACCACAUUUACCAUCCCAACCCAUCGACCAGGACAACUUUACUUCCCUUUGACUCAAAUGAAAAAUUUCCCAUGGAAACUUCAUAAGCAAAAAAAUAAGAAAGCUUUAUACUGCUGACAGUACCUCAGGUGUGUACUUCCUGAGAAAGACUGGAGGACGGGUUACUUCAGAAAGUGAGAGAAAGUAAUUUGGAAAAAUAAAACAUUCAUGAUUUUGUUAAAAUCUUGAUACAUUUCUUCUUAUAGUAUUAAAAAGUUCUCAUAAAAAAACAAUGUUUUUUUUUUAA